AAUUUUCUUUCUUCUUUUUCUAAGCUCAACGCUGCGGGAUAUUACUUCUGUCCUAUUCAGAGAGCCAAGUGGGGAUUUCAUUUCAUUUCAUUUCAGUCAACUGGGAUUUUGAUAUAAAAACCCCGAACCAAAUCCAAGUGAGCCAGGCUCAUCAUAUUCAUUCAUUUCAUUUCAAAAGGUUGAAAACGUUGUUUCUGUGUGUUGUACCAUCAGAAUCUCAGAGAAAUUGGUGAAGUUUCAGAAGCAGCUCCUUUCUGUUUGGAAAUGGCAGGUGGGUCUUUUGCUCCAGCCGGCGUGGCCAAGGAGAGAGCAGAGCAGUACCAAGGCAAGCUCACCGCUUAUGUUAUCGUUGCCUGCAUUGUUGCUGCCGUUGGCGGCUCACUUUUCGGUUAUGAUAUCGGAAUUUCAGGUGGGGUUACCUCAAUGGAUGGAUUUCUUCAUAAAUUCUUCAAAACGGUGUACAAACAAAAAAUGCUUGCACAUGAAAACAACUACUGCAAGUACGACAACCAAGGUCUUGCAGCAUUCACCUCUUCUCUGUACCUCGCCGGUUUAGUUGCAUCUUUGGUGGCUUCUCCAGUUACAAGAAACUAUGGACGGCGCGGAAGUAUAAUCUGUGGUGGAAUCAGUUUCCUUGUUGGAGCUACUCUAAAUGCUGCAGCUGCCAAUUUGGCCAUGCUUCUCUUGGGUCGGAUCAUGCUUGGUGUUGGUAUUGGAUUUGGAAAUCAGGCUAUUCCACUAUAUCUAUCAGAGAUGGCGCCAACUCAUCUUCGAGGAGGCUUAAACAUGAUGUUUCAGUUGGCAACUACGCUAGGAAUCUUCAUAGCAAACAUGGUAAACUAUGGAACACAAAAGCUCGAACCAUGGGGUUGGAGGCUCUCUCUAGGCCUGGCUAUAGUACCUGCUACAGUAAUGACGGUGGGAGGAAUAUUUCUUCCUGAGACACCAAAUAGCUUAAUUGAACGAGGAAGUAAAGAAGAAGGACGAAAACUUCUGGAGAGAAUCAGAGGAACCGAAAAUGUCAGUGCAGAGUUUCAGGACAUGUUAGAUGCAAGUGAGUUUGCUAGUGCAAUAAAGCACCCUUUCAGGAACAUCCUGGAGAGAAGGAACAGGCCUCAACUGGUUAUGGCAAUCUUCAUGCCAACAUUCCAGAUCCUCACAGGCAUAAAUUCAAUUCUCUUCUAUGCUCCAGUGUUGUUUCAAAGUAUGGGGUUUGGGGGAAAUGCUGCUCUCUACUCCUCGGCUUUAACUGGAGCAGUUCUUGUUUCAUCUACACUGAUAUCUAUUGCAAUAGUUGACAAGCUCGGUCGAAGAGUUUUGCUCAUUAGUGGUGGAAUAAUAAUGAUUUUAUGCCAGGUCAUAGUCGCCAUAAUCCUGGGGGUCAAGUUAGGUGAGAAUCAAGAGCUAUCAAAAGGAUUCUCAGUAUUGGUGGUGGCAGUGAUCUGCCUCUUUGUGGUAGCUUUCGGAUGGUCAUGGGGUCCGCUCGGCUGGACAGUGCCAAGCGAGAUAUUCCCACUGGAAACCCGAUCAGCCGGACAAAGCGUUACAGUGGCUGUGAACCUUCUGUUCACCUUCAUCAUAGCACAGUCUUUUCUUGCCCUCCUAUGUGCGUUAAAAUUCGGGAUCUUUCUCUUCUUUGCUGGGUGGAUUACUGUGAUGACGGUGUUCGUUUACGUGUUCCUGCCUGAAACCAAGGGAAUUCCUAUUGAAGAGAUGAUACUGAUGUGGAGAAAGCACUGGUUCUGGAAGAGGAUAGUGCCUGAAUAUCCUGAAGUUGAUAGCUCUAUUAGUCGUAGGCCAAACAACUCCACAGUGUGACAUGUUUUAGAGUCUAGUGGAUAUAAACGAAGUAAGCACAUGACCACCCUUACAAUUAAGUCAGCAGCAAUAUCAAAUCAAUAUCUAUGCUUUUAUUUAAAUGAUCUCAGGAUUCUCAGCCCCAGAGCAAUCUCUUGUGUUGACUGCAGCAUGCAAGCAAGAAAGCAAUCCUUCAAAAAUAAUAACGUCCAUUUCUUAUUA